UUGUACAGGCAUAUCUAAUAAAGUGACCGGUGAGUGUAUAUACAGAAAUCUAUAUGAAAUUAUUUUGUCUGUAUGCAUUCAAAAAGUCUGCUAAAGUGUACUUAUUUUCACUUAGUAGUGAGAAAACCGCUGAGAAUUAUUGCCAAACAAUGUGCCAAAAUCAUUUGGCCAAAAUUUUUUUCAGCCAGCAGUUCUUUAUUCAUAACUAAAUUUUCUGGCCUGUUUAUCACUUUAAAUACCUGUGACUUCAUAAAUGUAUGUGUCUUUAUUCGUUUUCAGCAAUAUGGCACCACAGACUUGAUUAUGGCUUGAUUAUGAUUUUUAAUGAAGAUAUCUGGAUAAUCAAACUGCUGGUGUCAGAUUCAAUAGUAUUGUUUACAGCUUAAAAUGUUUUGAAUUAAUAUAAAAUGUUGUAAAACAGUGUGCAGUGACUGUAUUUGAUUUAUUUAGGCUCUACUAAUGAUUUUUGUUCUUUCAGGGAUCCAGUUUCGUCUCCCUACUGCCUGUAGUGCGGAUCGAACAGAAACCCCCACCCCAGCGACAGUAACAUAUACACCAGACUACAAGAAGACUCCUCCACCUGUCCCUCCUCGAUCCACCACUAAGCCGGUGAUUUCCGUUACAGCCCAGAGCAGCACAGAAUCAACGCAAGAUGCCUAUCAUGAGAGUCGGCUGCCGCGUGGCACAAUCUGGGCACAGGACAGCCUUGGUCGGGUCAUAUACAACUCCACCGACAGCCUGGACAGCGCUAAAGCUGUGACUCUUGCAAUGGAGUCCGCUUCUAAACGCCUCACAUCUGCAGGGAGCUACAGCUCAGUCCAGACCUGUGACAAGGCCAUCCUGGUGUCCAAAGCAGAGGAAUACCUCAAGACUCCACGAUCUUCCAUCGGGAUACAGGUGGAAGCUGCCACAGAUUCUGAGACAGAUAGUAAAGGUCUCCCGCAGUAUCAUUCUGUGGGCAUCCAGGUAGAGGACGAGAAGAGACUUGGACGCUUUAAACGGUCUAACAGUGUGACGACGGCAGUUCAGGCAGAUUUGGAAAUGGAGGGUUUUCCUUCAACCGAAGACAAGAGUUUGCAGUUUGGAGGUUUUCAGAGACAUUCUGAACCCAGUACACCUACACAGUACAAUGUGGUUCGGACUGUACGCACACAGGGUCUCUUUAGUUAUCGUGAGGACUACCGGCCCUCCAGCGGGCCGCCCAGCCCGCAGCCCGAACCCUGGCUGGUGGAACCUGCUCAUGAAGCAGCUGAGUCGGGCCGUGUGUCUCCGCUCCGCCGCGACGGCAGCUGGUUCAUGCAGCUUCUGCACAGUGAAACCAAACGAUUGGAGGGAUGGUGUAAAGACAUGGAGAGAGAAGCAGAGGAGCACGACCUGUCAGAGGAAAUUCUCGGGAAGAUCCGGAGUGCUGUGGGCAGUGCUCACCUCCUCAUGUCCCAAAAAUUCCAGCAGUUUUACUGGCUGUGUCAGCAAAAUCUGGACCCCAGUGCGAUGCCCCGGCCCACGGCUCAGGAUCUAGCUGGAUUCUGGGACCUCCUACAGCUCUCCAUUGAUGAUGUCACUGCCAAGUUUGAUGAGCUACAGCAAAUCAAGAGCAAUGAUUGGAGGUUAAUGGACAGCCCAGAGAAGAAGGAAAGAAAAUGGCCGCCUCCUGUUACAAAGAGACCUCCUAAAGGUCGCGGAGCCAUCAUGCGUGAGCGUUCGCUGGAUCUGCAGGACCGUCAGAGGCAGGAGGCUCGCCGCAGGCUCUUGGCUGCUAAACGGGCUGCCUCUUUCCGUCAGAGCUCCGUUACAGAGCGAGCCGACAGCAUAGAGAUCUACAUCCCUGAAGCCCAAACACGCUUAUGAAACACACACAUGCUACGCUUCACCAACAGGGUACAUCCAUUCUGCUCCAUCCUCUGGUCUGUUACGCGUUUUCUUCCUGUUCAUCAUCUACUCUGAGCUGAGAAGAGUGGUGAGUUUAUAUAUGCCUCAAACAGAGCUCAACGGGAAGAGGUGCAGCUCCGACACAUGCAGCUACUGCCACCUGGUUUGUGUUUCAGUUCAUUCAGAGGACAAAACUAAGGCUUUGUUCACACUGCACACAAAUCCGAUUAAAUUUUUACAAUCGAUUAAAUGACGCAAUGUUUCCAAGUGUAUGAAAAUCAGGAAAAUAUAAAUGACUGUGUACUUAAAGGGUCAGUUCAACCAGAAAUAUCAAUUCUAUUAUUAAUUACUCACCUUCAGACCUUCUUUCACAUUCGCAAAGCAAAUUACAAUGUUGUAGUUGAAAUUCAAAAGCUCUCUCAUUCUCCAAAAAAGAUUUUGUGCACCAAAAAAACUGUAAAAGUGACUUUGUUUGCUAAUGUUAUCCACCUCAAAGUCAGGAUGCACUUGUACUAUGGGCAUUACGAUGCUAAAAUGUUGUGCUGCUGACUCUAAUGAGAUUAAAUCUACGUUUUCAGCAAGAUGCCGCUGUACGCAUCAGUUAUUAACAUCUACACCUACUCCACACUCAAACCCAACCAUCACAGUUAUUAACUUCUACACCUACUACAAACCCUAACCCAACCAUCACAGUUAUUAACUUCUACACCUACCCCAAACCCUAACCCAACCAUCAAAGUUAUU